ACAGGUCAGUACUCCUCUCUCUCUCUCUCUCUCUCUCUCGCCAUGGCAGCCAAGUUCGUGCUUCUGCUGGCCUCUGCGGCCCUCUUCGCUGCGUGCUGCGGUGCCAGUGUCCGCGACUACGUGAACUGCAAGUCGCAGCCCGGAGACUUGCUGCUGUACCAGGACAGCGUGUACAAGUCCUCCAAGUACCUGCAGAAGGUCACCCAGGAGCUGGCCCUGUCCACGGGGAACGCCGUCAUUCACUGCAUCACCGUCAUCAACUCCAAGCCCUCCACGCCGGCCGCUGACGUGAACAUCCUCGGCGGCGGAGUUGGGUUCAACUACGUCCAGCUGCAGUUCGUGUCCCAGCGGAGCCACGGCAUCCACUACAACGUCUCUGUCGCCGGCAAGUGAGGCCCGGAACAGCCACUACCGAGCAUAACUUCUCCAUUUUCCCCCCACUUACAACGAAGAGCCAUAUUAUUGGACUGAGUUGAGCUCUUUGUGUUUGUAUUGUAAUGAAAUUAAAAUAAACAUUGUUUACCUAAA